GGGAAGAGAGCUUCUAAAACCGGUGUCGUAGAACAAAGCGCAGAAAGUGUUCCUCCGUUAGUUAUUAGAAGAAGCUCUGCAGACUCAACUGGACAACUGACAUAGCUGGAGCUUCGCGGUGGUCUUUAUCUCAAAUUCUCAAUCAUCAACAAUAAAAAUCUUUACUCGAAGACUGCCAAUACUGGGAUGACAAGAUCAAGUUAGCAUUAUGAAGUUCUGCCUCUCUUUCGCAUAAGGUCUUCAGGAAUAAUUCAAAUUUAGAUUGCAACUAACAGAAAUGUUCUCAUUGUUCUAUGGCCUCUGGAAAUAUAUAUUUAGCAAGACAGAAUUUCAUGUGCUUAUUCUUGGAAUUGACAAGGCUGGGAAAACUACUUUGCUGGAGAAGUUGAAAUCAUUGUACUCAAACUUAGAAGGCCUCCCUCCUGAUCGAAUUGUUCCUACUGUUGGACUUAACAUUGGUCGCAUUGAAGUAUCAAAUACAAAACUUGUGUUUUGGGACCUGGGUGGUCAGCCCGGUCUACGCUCAAUUUGGGAGAAAUAUUAUGAAGAGGCCCAUGCUGUUAUAUUCAUAAUCGAUGCUACUUGUCCUUCACGUUUUGAAGAUUCGAAGUCUGCAUUAGAAAAAGUGCUUAGGCAUGAGGAUUUGCAAGGAGCACCUCUUUUGAUAUUGGCAAACAAACAGGAUCUUCCCGAUGCUGCAUCAGCUGAAGAAAUUGCUCGAUAUCUAGAUCUUAAGAAGUUGGAUGAGAGGGUUUACAUGUUUGAAGCAGUUUCAGCAUACGAUGGGAUGGGGAUAAAAGAAAGCAUACAGUGGCUUGUGGAGGUAAUGGAAAGAAGCAAGAGAACAGAAAUGUUGAGAGUUCGUGCAGGGGUAACAGGACCUGGCGCUUAGAGGAAAGUGUAGCCAUUUGCAGUUGGUCGCCUGCCUUUGUAGCAUCUGUAAAUAAACAGGAUUUACAUUAUAUUCUAUAUGACCAAAAGGUCGUCCAUUUUGCCAUUCCUGUGGCAGUUUUGCUUUAUUUCAUCUGGUCAUUUGUCACUGCCAAGUAUUCAGAUAUUUUAUUUUUACUUUAUCUGUGAGGGAAUCAAAGAAUGGAAGGUAUUCAACUUGUUCCAAAGAGAGACAUCUUGUUGGUGUAAUACUAAAUGCAUUUGGCUAUUUUUUUUAUCCAUCUGACCUUUUGUAGACUACAUAAGUUUGCUUAAAUGCUUAUGCAAAUUGGUGAAA